AUGGGUGCACUAUAUUGGAACCAUGUGAUAAUCAAGUAUGUUGCUCUGACUACUAGUCCUUUAACACUGGAUGAACUCAAAGAACAACAGGCAAACAUUCAAGCUCUUGAAGCAACUGUAAGUACUUUAUCCGACUCUAAGUAUAUUGAUGUUCAUGGAUUAGAGACUACAAAUGAGAUGGUUUUGAUGAAUCUAUCAAGAAAAGGCUUAACGGGUAGUAUUCCUGCUAACAUUAGCAGUCUUACAGCAUUGGAGAUUAUUGAUCUGUCUAACAACAACUUAAACGGAACAAUACCCGAAUCGCUGGCUACUUUGACAAACUUGAAGAAACUUGAUUUGGAGAACAACGACCUCGGGGGAACAGUGCCCGCAGCUUUGAAAAGUAAAAAGAACCUAAAUCUCAGUCUUUCGGGAAAUGUACAUCUUUGUUAUGAAGGCCACAAUUUUUGUAGAAGGAAAUCCACAAGCAAAGGUUUGAUUAUCGGUUUAGCUGUUGGUUGUAGCGUCAUAGCACUAUUAAUAGGCGCCUUCACUGCCGUCGUAAUUAAUCGUAGAAAUUCCAGAAGAAGCAAUGCUACAGAAUCCGCGGUUUCCGAUAACACGCAAGUUGUAAUCGAACCAAUUCGCAGAGAAUACAGCUACGAAGAGGUCAAAGAAAUGACUUAUGAGUUUAAAAGGCAAAUUGGGAAAGGAGGAUAUGGACCUGUAUUCUACGGUCAGUUAAAGAACAAACAGGAAGUAGCAGUCAAAAUAUCCUCAGAAACAUCUAACCAGGGGACGCAUGAAUUUACUACGGAGACUGUCUUUCUCUCAAGACUACAUCACAAAAAUCUUGUGUCUUUACUGGGAUAUUGUUGUGAAGGACCACACCGAAUAUUGAUUUACGAGUUUAUGCCUAGGGGAAGCUUGCAUAGAAUUCUCCAUGGAACGUCUUCAUCAAAGCAGUGCCUUGACUGGGGAAGAAGGCUUGACAUAGCCUUAAAUGCAGCUCAAGGAUUGGAGUACUUACAUUCUGGAUGCAAACCUCCCAUAAUUCAUAGAGAUAUCAAAUCAGACAAUAUAUUACUAAGUGAAAGAAUGGAAGCAAAAAUAGCAGAUUUUGGGCUGUCAAAGGAUGGGCCAGCUAGUGAAGCAAGUCAUGUCUCAACAAAUGUGAAGGGCACAUUUGGCUACCUUGAUCCACAAUAUGCCAACACUGGGAAUUUAACAGAAAAAAGUGACGUAUAUAGCUUUGGCGUUUUAAUUUUAGAGAUCAUCUCGGGAAGAAAGCCUAUUUAUACGAAUAGUUCAGAUGAAAGGAUUAACAUUCUAAGCUCGUCAAGGUUGAUGAUUUCUGGAGGAGAUAUUGACAGCUUGAUAGAUCAAGAUGUAGGGGAAAUCUUUCACCCGGGUGCAAUGUCUAAGCUUGCAGGACUAAUAAUGUCGUGUACAGAGGAGCAAAAAAAUCAUAGAACCAAUAUGAGCCACGUUGUGAGUGAACUGAAAGAAGCUCUUCAACUACAACAUACAAUAGGUAGGGGAGAGGAUGGAGUAGUAGAACACCCUAGCUACACUCCAAUUAAUGUUGAAUUCUCAGCGGCUACCAUAGAGAGCUCCGUUCUCUCUCCCAGAUAA